AUGCCUGCUGUUCACAAUCUGGGUUGCUCACGGUCCUGGUUUCCUGAAUACCAUGGAAGAAAUGUGACAUUUGUGAUGGGCUCUUUGGAGGGUGACCCUGUUAAAUUAAACCUCCUGAAGAAUUAUGUCUCUAAGGCUUUGCACAACAUAGUGAACAACGUGACGACUUCUCUGUUUAAUAUCAUUUAUUUCUCGUGCGAGGUAAGCAUGUUCCUAAUAUUUAAGAGCACCAGGUUGCACACUUUCAAUUUUCCAUAAUAAUUGCAUUAGUUUGUUUCGCUAUUAAACUAGUUAUAUCAGGGCUUCUCAUCUCAGGGCUGUAGUGUGGGUUACAAAAAGUGAACAGGGGAUGUUAAAGGGACAUGCAACUGUCUCAUUCAAAUAUUUUAGUUUUGAAUAAGACUGUUGUCUCAUUCUGCAAGCUGAAUAAGUAGGUAAAUAUCAUUUUAUUUACAUUUGCCUGCUUCUUCUGGCGUUUCUACACCCCCUGCUAUGUGGACGCUGAUCUACCCAAUCAGUGUCCUAUCCAGAGGAAUGCCUGAAGUGUAGUCACGCAUGCACAAUUGAAGAUCUUCUAACGUUAUCAGUGACAUCAUGAGAUCCGUAGUAUGAGCACCGGCUGGAAAUGUGCACCCCUUAUCAGAAGGAUACCAAGAUAGAGAGGGUCCCUCACCACUGUUAGUCGCAUUUCACAAACCUUGUUACAUGCUUUUCACUGUUGAAGUGAUUUCUGGGGAUGUAGACUUACCUUCAGAUCUUCCUCCUGAUUCUUCCCUAAGGUCGACAGGGUGCUGUUUUUGUAUAAAAGCCUUUUUCAGCAUGCAACUCACUGUAAUCAUUUACAUGGAAAUGCCAGGGAUUAGUUGCAGCCUGUCUCUUGCAAUGCUGGAGCAGUUCGUCUAAGUGUUCCAAAUAGAAAUCAAGCCACGACUGCUGGUUUAAUCCAGAAUUAACGCCAUUAUCUUUAAUGGAUUUAUAUAGUCCAUGAAUCCUUGUGGAGCCUAAUUAAUCCUGGUUGAAAACUCCGAGCAAAACUAUGGAAAUUUUUACUGGAAGAGGAAUAAGGAUUUAGUUAUUUUAAGACUAUCAUAUACUUAAUGUCAAUCUAUUAAAAUAUUUUCCCGAUAGAAGAACACAUUUGGGUACCUAGUUUGGUAAUGUUUUUUUCUCACUUUUAAAUUUUAGAUUACAAAAUGGUGUAACUGUGCGGUGAGAUGUAACCCAGAUACUAUUGCCCAAGCAACAUCAUGGGUCCAAAGUCUGGUAUGUGAUUCUGGUGCCAGUACUACUGAUGCCCUGACUGCAGCUUUCGAGGAUCGUGAGUGCCAGUCUGUGUAUCUGGUGAUUGAUGCUCUCCCUGGAACUGUGCUGCAGGGGAUCUACAGUUUGAUUGGCAGUUACAAGAAUUCCUGCUCUGUGACUGUGAUUUACCUUUUGGGAGAACCAUCUGAUAGCCAAACUGAGGGUUCCUUUAAAAUGAUUAAUCUUAAACCCUCAGGAUCUUCAAGUACGGUAAGUUAAAUGUAUAAGGUAUUCCUAAACUGUGGCUUAUGCUAACUUACCUAUAGCAGAACAUUUAUUAAAAUAUGAAAAUUCUAAUGUUAUUUUCUGGAGUUUGAUUUUUUUUUUUCCCAUUUAGGAGUUUUUAUUUAUUUUUCAUAUAAAGGUAGAAAGGGGGGGAGGGGGAAGAGGGGGAGUCAUUUUUGAUAUAAUGCAUUGUAAAUACAUUUGAAUACUGAUGAGUUUAAUUGAGUACAAUUAAGUACAAUUGAGUGGCACUUUUCAUACAGUUAUAGAGCGUUGCUACAAUAAGAUAUAUAGUCUGUCUUGAUGUCAGUAUGGUUCGUAUAUGAUAAAGGGAGAAGGUGUAGGUGGCCCGCUUCAGUUACACAGCAAGCGAGGUCAGAGAUUGGCUUACAGUGUUCACAUGAAAUUACAAUGUUCAUGAGGUACCUGAUCUCAAUGUGUGCCAGAGCUUUUUUGUAAAGUGUGGAAGGGUGGGGGGAAGACCGAUGUAUAGGAAGUUUCAUAGAUCCAUUGUUUAUUCAGGUCUCCGACUAGGUCCUCUUUUUUGGGAGAAAUAGGAGACUUCUAUUAUCUUGCUAUUAAUUGUUGUGCCGUUAGAAUGAUAUGUGGAAUAAUGUUCUGUUUGUAGUGGCGGAGCUCUGUGGGCAGGUCUAACAGCAAGUAUGUUUUUGAGGUAAAAAAAAGAACGCUGUUCGUUAUGUUUUGAGUUGCCGUGGACCUCUGUCCAGUAUUGAUUUUAAGUCGACUAAUUAAUUUCUUCGAUUAACAUUUUCAACUUUGAAUUUUUCAGCUUUUAGUAUAUGACAUUUAAUUGAGAAAAUCUGUGUGUGUUUAUGGUUUUUAGGUUACUAAUGAUGGUCGUUUUCAUAGCGACCACUGUUGCAUGAACCAAAACCUCUGUAGAAAGUCACCCACAUUGUACCAUGAACUUAGGUAUGUAUCAAUCAAGGAGAUAUUGGGUCCCUUCUCAGAAUACAUUCUUAAAAAUAUAUUUUCCCUAAAAGGAUAUGUAUAUAUGCACAAAGCACGACACAUAUCUGAAUAAAUUAAAAAUUCUUUGUUUCCAAAUGUGAUUUAUGGUAAAUUAAAUAAUUUGUUUCUGUGCAUUUCUAAGCAUGUCAUUGAUUAUUAUCUUAUGAUACAUCGUAUAGAUCACUUUUUCUAUCAAAGUCUUAACAACCAUACCUACAGCAUAAUUUGAUAACUUGUAUAAGUACAAUACAAUUUGAGACUUUAUUCUUCCUGAUAUCAAAAAUUGGAAAGUUGCUUACUGCUGCGUAAUCAGCACCUAGUUUCAGGUAUCUGUAUUUGUACUACAAUUACUGUACUAUGUAUUCUUUCUGAUCAAAUCAAAUUUUCACAGAGAGUUGCCAUUGCCCUGUUACUCUGCUUGUAAAAAGCAUUCAGCAGAAUUUACAGCAACCAGCGAUUCUGUGCACCUUCCACUUGAGGCUCUCUGUCUUUUCCGUGGAGCACGAGUUCUGGCACGGAGAGAGACUGAUGGGUUUUAUUAUCUUGGCCACAUCGUACAGGAAGUAGAGGUGAGUUUGUAGGGUCAGACUUCCCGUACUAUAUAUUAGGUGUUGGCUGGCCCAGUAAUAUAUGAUGAAUUCAGUACGUAGACCUCUUGUGCUCCAUCCAGUCUUUGUGUAGGCCCCACAGAUAUAAAUCAGGUUCUGUAAGAUUUCUGUGGGAAGUAAAUGAAACCCUUUUUGCUAAUGUUAUUACCUACAUUGAACAGAAAUUAACACAGAUUUCCAGUAAUGUGUGUCUUUUAAAUUGUUUUGAAACCACAACUUCUACUACCCAUUAAAGCUUUCCUGUGAAUAUAAAUACAAAAACCAAGUCCUGCGCUCAAACUCCCACUACUCCUGGGCAGCAGCAACGACCAUAGUACACAUCAGCCCCAAUACAUACAGUAAACAAACCAAAGACAAAAAAGUUACCUGCGCUCUUACCAAAACCCUAUGCAUAUUUAAAUAAAUAGAGGUUAUUUAGUUAGUCCAGUGGCCAUUAGAGGGAAUACCCACCUGCCACGUCAAAGCAAACCUCUUGGGUGGGUCCUACAUUGACUAUUCACCUUGCUUCCUUGAGCUAUAGGCAAAGAUAUCUCUAAUGAGAGAGAGAGAGACAUUUCUCUAAACCCCUACAUAUUUAUUAACCCUUAACUGGGAACACAUGGUGUGGGCGGCAGCAUUGUAAUAUAGCUGUGUGAUACAAAAGUGAAUACAAAUACAAAAAGUGACUACAAACCCUAUUAAUUGUUAAUAAGUAUGUAGGGGUUAAGAGAAAUACCCCUCUCUGUCUCACUAGAGAUAGCUCAAGGAAGCAAGGUAAAUAGUCAGUGUGGGCUUCCAUCUAAUGGCCAUUGGAGUUACUAAAUAGCCUCCAUUUAUUUAAAUAUGCAUAGGGAUUUGGGAAGAGCGCAGGUAAUGUUUUUUUCUUUGGUUUUUACUGUAGUAUUUUAUGGACUACAAUGUACUUCUCCAAUAAAAAUUAAUAAGAAAAGUUUUCAGUAUAAAUAUGAAGAUAUUAUUCUGCAAGGAAAUGCAUCAUGUUGGGAAUAUUCCCAUCUUGAGUUCUCUAUAAUCAUUUAAAUAUUUAUGAGCACAUGAGAUGGGAUGUUGUGCCUCAGGCAAAGUAUUUGAAUUCAUCUCAAACCAUGAGGUUAGUCUUCCGAGUGGUAGUGGUGAAGUCAAGCUGGCAACAGGCAUCCAUGGAUAUGUGUUUGUAGAGCAUUUUGGGAGAGCCGAGUAAUUUAUAUUUCCAUGGUAUCACAGUCUUCCUAUUAACUGUCUGAAAAUACAUGUUAUCAGUGUAAUUACUCAUCAGUAUAAUUACUAGAAGCUAAAUUAAUUUCAUAGUUGGCAUAUUUUCCAUUAAAAUAUUGUCUUGAAAAAUUUGCAAAUGGAAAACAUGUCAAAAUAAACAGUAGAUAAGCAAGAUAAUUAUUAAAGCAAGAUUCAGUAAAUAUGAUGUUUCUUCAUAUAAGGAAGGAAUUCAAAGUGAACUUGAAAGUUUCUGUAAAAAUAUUCACAUUGGAUAAAUUCUCCAAGCCGUCUGUUUUCAGUUUGGCUGUUUUUGUGAAUAACUUUUUUUUAAAGUUUUUUGCUCAACAUUAAAUCAUGCGUCUCCUAGAGUAUUUAUUUGCUGGUGUAUCUCUGUACUACUAAUGUUAAUUGACCUGCUAUCUAAUGUCACCAUCUUUUCUCUUCUUAGGGGUCCAAGGAUCGAUUUCUUGUCGAAUUUGAGAAAUGUCGCUCUUUAAAGGGCAAAGCUCAAUUCCGGAUGCAGGAGACCCAAGUCGGUUAUAUAAUUCACUAUGAAGAUGCCCGAUGGAGACCUUUAUCACCCGGAGACCAUGUUCUAGCUCCCCUGGAAUCCAACAUAGAGCAGUAUGCACCUGGAACCGUACUACAGGGCUCAGAGAGCAGGGAGCGCAGUUUAGGUGGGACUUUGACUAAAGCAAAUUUUUUUUUCCAUUUCUUUGUAUAUGCUACCACAAUGGAUAUCUUAUAAAACAGGACAAAUCAACAUUUUACUUAAGAAUCUCUUAAUAAGUUUUAUAUUAUUUAAACUGUUUAAAAUGUGAAAAUCUAAUAUGUGCUGCAAAAUAUUACUUUUACUUCAUCUGUUCUAAGGCAACACAACGUUGGUAUUUUCUCUAAUUUGCCCUUUCUGCAUAUGUUAAUAUUAUUUAUCAGUUGUUUUUAUAGCUAUAAUCCUUAUUUUCAUUUAAAGGGAAACUAUAGUGCCUGGCAAACAAAAUAGUUUUCCUGGCACUAUAGCUUCCCCCUCCCUCACGCCACCCCCACAUGGUGCAGAAGGGGUUACAAGCCCCUUCUGUCACUUACCUGGGACCCAACGUGGCCUUACAACCCGGAAGUCCCUCUUGAGGUUGUCUUUUAGUGGUAAACAGCCACUAGAGGUGGGGUUAACUAUGAAAGUUAAUUAUUGCAGUUUCUUAAACACUGCAAUAAUUACCUUCACAUUGUUAAUGGACACGGGACAGUGCACCAAGACCACUUCCAUGAGCUGAAGUGGUCUGGGUGCCUAUAGUGUCCCUUUAAUUCUAUUUUUUUUUCUCAACUUCCUGUAUUUGGUUUCAGUACACAUUUUACAUAUUUAAAGGGACAAUAUGUACUUUCUCAAGACUUAAUUUUCUCUCAAAUCUUACCUUUACUGCCUCUCAAACUAAUGUUUUGAAUAGAAGAGUUUCUCAUUAUUAUAGGUACCCAGACCCCGGACAGGAAUAAUACUUCAGUAAUGUCAUAUUUCGCCAUAUGAAUAUUUUUUCAUGUCUCAGAUUCUUUUUAGACUGUAAUAGUAAUAUGAGACAGAUUAAUACAUGUAAAGGCUUUGUUACCACAGCAGAACAAGUUUUUAAACUUGUUUCAUGUGUUAAAACAAGCGUUGAGAAUUGGUGUAGCCUAGCACUAUUCAGUCAGGCACCAUGCUGUGUGUCUAUAUGUGGCUGUGCUCCACAACGUUGGUAAAGUUUUUAUUCCACAAUUGUGCCUUCAGAUGACUAAGAACUUUGAUACCAAAGUAGUGACUCCAUGUGCAACUGGAGAUUAUUUGCAACAAUAUAUAUGACUAAUUAAUAUCACUAAAGGUCUAACUUGCUCUGUUUUUUACAGUUUGCCAGGUAGGAGACGCAGACAUUCUCAUGUACUUGGAACAGUACGACGUGUAGCUCUUGUGUGUGCAUACCUUGUUAUAUAUGUACAUGUAACUGAGAUAAAUACAUAUAUCUCAGUAUGGCACUAGAGUGAGUACAUGUGGGUUUAGGUUGACCAGAUUUCCCCAGCUAAUAUGAUAUUAAAGUAUUCCUUUUAUUCCUAUGCCUCACUAGAGAUGCCCUGCUGAAUAGUGUGCAUGCACAGAAUCAAAGCAUGUCAUGCACCUUAGUAGCCAAAGAGGAGAUAUCAGAGUCCAGUCCAUUACAAAGUCUAAAGAAUGUCAUAUACAAGAAUAAUCAUUUUCAUAAAUAUAUACAUAGUGCUAAAAAUUUCCAAUUCCCACUGCCAAGAGAAAAUUAUGCCCUGGUUAGAAGAAAUUCACCCAUGGUGAGUGUGUCAUGGACCCUCCUGGUUUUCCAUUGAUGGAUAAUUUUUAGGCCUUAGACUUGGCUAGCAGUGUAUUACAUGAUAUGGAUAAUCGUCAUAACAAUGAAUCAACAAGGAGAACUGAAUUGCAAAAUAUAGGGCAAAGUAGAUAAAAAACAUUUUAUUCUUAAUUUUUUUAGCUUGUCUAUUUUAGCCUUCAUUUUGCACUUUGGUUUUUAAUUCAUUAUUUAGUGGAUACAUAGUGUGUGUGAUAUCAAUUAAGAUGAGAAUAUAGAUCGGUGUAGUCUAAAUAGUCCUGUAAUUCUGAUGCCAAAAUAACAAAAGUAUUGCAGAUGCAGUGAUUCCUUUUUACUGGACUACCCAAACGAGAAAAGCUUUAGAGAGUUCCCUCUCUUCCUCAGGUUAGAAGCAAUACUGACCCAUUAAGAGUCUCUUGUGUGUUUUAUUUUCCAGCCUUUGAAAGUAAUGGAGUUCUAGUAACAUUCUGGAAUGGAAAGACAAAGAGAAUCCCUCCUGGAAUGGCUGUUUGGAUCUCUCAGCGCUUGUGCGACCACAUCAUCUUGGAGCUGCAUAUUCCAUUGGACACUCGUAGGAAGCUUGUACAAUCUUAUUCCGGAUAUCCUUUCCCCACACCUCUUGGGUAUAGACCUUCCAGUUGCCCAAUACAAGAGGCACUGAAACCAUCCAAUAGUUUGGGCUCUCAUUCCUGCCUAUACUGUGGUCCUGAACAAGGUGUGUGCCUGAAAUGCCACAUGCCAGAAGAACCCUGGGCUGCCUUUCAAAGGUCAUUAAACCAGGUCUACAGCUCAGCAUUGAUAAAAAAGAAGGCAGGCAAGGGAAUGGGGAAGCAGAAGGUCCUACAGCAAGAUGUCAGUUACCAGGAGAAAACAAAAAAGAAAAGUACAAAGGUAGCUCAAUCCCAUCCAUCUGCACUUUCAGUAAUGUAAUUUCCUUGGUACAAAAACAUAAAUCAUCUUCAGAAUUAAAUGGAAAACCGUCAUUCAGAUUACAGAAAAACAAUGUAUUCCUUUAAUUACAGAUGUGAAUGUGUGGCUUUAACUAAUAUGAUUGUGUCCAAGCCAAACUCUUUCUUGUGCUCCCUCUAGAUAAGGAGUGUCCAAGUUUUUUCUGCAGUGUGCCACUUAAUCAUAAAUGUAUGUGUGCGUGGGCCACACUCAUUUUUCACUGAGAGAAAAUCACACACUGACACACAUACAGAUGUAAACACUGGCAGACAUAUAGAUACACACACACAGUUACAGACAUGCAGAUACACAGGCACACAGGUGCAUACAAUGACACACAUACAUAUGCACAGAUACACUCACUGACAAGAAGGCAGAUACACAGAGAUACACAGGGGCACACACAUACAUGCAGAUAGAUACACAUAAAAAUAUAUACACAUACAGACAGACAGAAAGAUAGACAUGCAGAUAUAGACACACAAGACAAACAUGCAAAAUUUAAACUUUUGGAUGCAGAUGGGUGACUUCCCCGGAGUCCAGUGGCUGGCUGAGGCUGUUGGGAGUCCCAGUCCCAGUCUGCACCCGUUGCCUUCUCCUCCCAUGCUGCGCUCUGUGUUAACGCUGACAUCAUCACAGGGGCCUUGUCUCGUUGAGUGGCCUUAAGUGCACGGGCCCUCUCAGUGAGGCCCUGUGGCAGGCCGCACCUGGAAACCAGGGGCCGCAUUUGGCCCAUGGGCCGCAUGUCAGACACCUAGGCUCUUUAUUCUACACUCACAGGCAGGGGUUGUUAUUGCUUAUGUACACAUACACCCACCCCCACCACCCUUAAACCUCAUAUUGCCUGUUUAAAGAAAAGCUAAUGGUGUUGAUAAAAUAUGUUUGUGAUGAAUAGUUCCCCUACAAAGUGUUUCCAAUUAUUUUUUGACACGUGGUGCUUUUACUUUACUUCCUCAUGGCUUUGGUUGGCAGUUAAUGGCCUCCAAGGUGUGUUUUGGGAAAAUACAUCAUAGUAAAGAUGGUUCAAUCUAUAUUCUCAGGAACAGUAUUUAGCUUUUACACUGCAUGAAAAGAAACAUUACCUGUUUGCUCCAUGUGCUUACUUCAGUGUGCCCAAUCUAUUGUUUAGUGUUGUAGUGUUUUCUGUUAUUGAGCAUAUUUAAGUGUAAUUGUCACUGUAAAGACAACUUUCAUUUAUUAUUUCUCUCUUGUAGGUGCCUCGGAAGGAAUCCCAUUUCUGUAACAGAGGUUUAAAAAACAAAAUGCACCCUGGAGAACAUUGCAGCCAAGGAAAUACAGAUCCUAAAAUAGGACAAUGCAGCCCUAUUAAGUCAGAGUUAAAAUAUGAAGGUAAUAUGUAUACUGUGCAAUUCCUUGGCAAUCUAUUCUGCUGUAUUUUAAAAGGUAAAAUAAGGGGCUAUGAGAUUUUCCAAUUAUUGUCAGUACUUUACUUUAGCUAAUGGCUUCAUAACAUUGUAUAAAAAAUAGGAUCAGUCGUUAUCACAUUAUCAAAUGGUUGCUAAAUCUGAAUGCAGAAUUAAAAAUCUAAGUGUUUUUUUUUUUAUUAUUAUUGAUGGAAAGUAGUUGAUCCCCACACUUCAGUCACUUACCUGAAUCCAGCGCUGAUGUUCCUCGGCGCUGGGUCAGGCUCCGCCCAUGCUUCUCCCCCACUGCUGACAUUAAUCAAUGCUUUCCUAUGGGGAAAAACCUGAUGGUGGAGGUCCUCAUGCAGAGCGUGAGGACGUCCAGCACCAGAUACCGGACCAGAGGUACGUUUCGAUACAGGAAGCCCUCUAGUGGCUGUCCAGUUUCCAGUUUCUUUGGAAACAUUUUAACAUUGCAGCACCAAGUGCAAAAAGGACACUGCACCUAGACCACUUCAAUUAGCUGAAGUGGUCUCUGUGCCUACAGUGUCCCUUCAAAAAAACAAAAAAAAAAGAAAAAUAAAAAACUUGCAAGAUUUACAGAAGUGUCACAAAAAGGAAAAAAAAAGUUGCAAUUAGAUUUCUCCUUGGAUUAACAAGCUGUUAAUACCCUGUUUGUUAAAUAGGAUAAUACUGAAUAUCUUGCUUUCCCAGAAAAGAUUCCAGACCUUCCUUAAUGGGACAGUGUAAUUACCAUAAUCACUAGAACCUAUUAUAGUGGUCAUGCUUCAUAACGGGUCUGUCACCGACUAUGGUCUUUGCACAAUCUGCAAAGAACCCUGUCAGUGACCUAAUCGCUGGAGGUCUGGUGGCAAUGAGGGGCAGGGGAAGGUAGAUUUUACUUACCUGAACCUGUCCCUCAUGGCGCCGCCAGCUUCCAUCUGCUUCCCUUUAGCACCUGGCACUUCAGCUGCUAGGAGCCGACGUCAGCGAGAGAACAGCAUUGAAGUCUAUGGAGGAUCUCACAAGUUCCUUCAUUGAAUCAGCUUUUUCCCAUAAAACUGUCACUGGUGACAGCUGAUGGGGGAAUUAAAAACUUGACAAAAGGAUCUCUGCCUUUUUUCAAGCAGAGGACAUAUAUCUACUUUGUCUCAGUAUAUCUUUUGACUGAGUUGGAAUUUCAGUGAAAUUUGCCAUUUAUGAAAUACUAACUUUUGAAAUGGCGUGACAGAGCCGCUCUAAGUAGUCUUUUGUUCCAGUGUUCCCAUUUUUUGCCAAAUUUCAGUGGUUUGUCAUAACCUGGGGCUCUCUCAUACAGAAACUCCACGUUAAAUACUAUCUCAAUGUAAUAAAGACAUUUUGUUUCCUCAUUUUCCAUACAAUGGAAUUUGAUGGAAUCAACUGUGAAGACUGGGCUAAGUCUUUUUCUGGAGAUCACAUUGUAUUCUUUUAUUACAAAUGUGUUUUAAUAUUGCAUUUGAUUAGGUAGCCUACCUAAUAUUUCGUACAGAGAUUCGUCACCAAACAGUACUGGCCACAUGACGCACCUACAGAAAACCCUACACAGUAUCGAGAAGGCAAUGAAAGAAGACCGUUUGGCUUUGGAAGCGGCAGUUCGUGAAAGGAGACCUAGAACCACCCCAUUGAUAUUAGUAAGUUAUAUAUGUAUAAUGCCAGCAUUAGCACAGGAGUACAGCAUUGGAUUCUGAUAAGUUAUUUAUUUGGCCCAUCUAGUUAUCCACCCCCCCUCAUCCAUUUGAUUUCCAGAUCAGAAGAGCAACAUGGCUGUGAAUGAUCCUGCAGUAUUAGUUUUCAUCUUCUGCUGAAAAGGAAAAGCUCUCCACAAUUAUUUAUUUAAAAAAGUAUCUUAUAAUUUCCCUACUUCUUCCAGAAAGUUUUCCUUUUAAUCCUGUUUAAGAUCAGUGAAUACACACAUACUACCCUUUUGUAUUGUUAAAGUAUUGAUAAACAUUGAACAAACCAUUCAUAGUAAUAAGUUGCAAAAGAAGAAUCAUAGACCAGUAAUAUCCUGCAUUUAUUUAAAGACAUUAAUGUAAAAUAAUAUAUUUGAAUUUCAAUAGAAACAUGAUCUGAAAGCACAAAAAUCUCAAGAGCUCAAAGACCAAAAAGAAGCUGCAAAAAUGAAUCACUUGAGAAUACAGGCUGAGCAGAGAGUGAGGAGCAGGGAGGAGAAGAUGCAAAAUAUGGAGUACAGAGAAUACAUGCUCCAGGACAGCAGACGGUAGGACAUCUUUUCUGGAAUAGUUGGUUACAAGUAGUAAAGGACCGUUCCCUCAUCUUCCAUCUGCUUCUCUUCCAUUGCUGUACUGCGGUUACCCAAUCUACCCUUAAGUUCAUUAAGCUAGGCUUUUAUAAUCCAUUAAAAGUUGGUGAUCUGGCCAACUUUAUUAUGGCAGUAAAUGUGCACGGUUGUUGUAAAUAACUUUCCUUAUUAGUAACCAAUAAUUAAUUGUCUGGAAUUGCUUCCUAAAGAGUCAUCAUAUAAUUGAUACAUUUCACAACAUCACUUUGAGCAUGUAGCAUGUUCCCAAGCCCCAGUGGUGUAUCCUGGUUUUGUGCUGCCCUAGGCAGGACAAAACUCAGGCGCCCGCCAACUGCGCGCAACCCCCCUCCAUCCCUUCCCCCCACCCCGCCUUCUAAAUACACACACACAUUCACUGACAGAUACGCAUAAACUAGCUAACAGAAACACACACUCACUGACACACACAGACACACACUCACUCACUAGCAGACACACACAGGCAAACAUACACACAGUCAGACACACACACACAAACAAACAAACACACUCACUCACUCACAGACACACACACUCACUGAAACACACACUCACUGGCAAGCACACACUCACUAACAGACACACACACUCACUGACACACACACUUACAGUCAGACACACACACUCACUAACAGACACACACACUAACAGACACACACACACACUAACAGACACACACACUAACAGAUACACACACACACUAACAGACACACACACACACACACACACACUAACAGACAUACACAAUCACUCACCACAUUAACACUUUUUAAACCCCCCCCCCUCCUUACCUUUGGGAGUGCUGGGGGGGAAGGGGUUCUCUAUCUCCCUGGGGUCCAGUGGCCGUUGACGGGCAGGCGGCUGGCGAGGGAGCAUUUCCCCUGAGCACUCUGCUCAGCUCCCUCGCGCCUAGCCAGUCUCCAGACCUUCAUCCCAUAGAAAAUCUGUGGAGGGAGCUGAAGGUUCUAGUUGCCAAAUGUCAGGCUCGAAACCUUAAUGACUUGGAGAGGAUCUGCAAAGAGUCCCUCCUGAGAUGUGUGGCCAACUAAAAGAAACAUCUGACCUUUGUGAUUGCCAACAAGUAGGGGUCAAAAACUUAUUUCACUCAUUGACAUGUAAUUUAAUUUAAAAGUUUUUCUGGAUUUUUUUUUGUUAUUCUGUCUGUCACUGUUAAAAUACACCUACCAUUAAAAUUAUAGACUGAUCAAUUCUUUGUCAGUGGGCAAACGUUCAAAAUCAGCAGGGGAUCAAAUACUUUCCCCCCUCACUGUAUGUCCUUCACGUGUUGUAUCCCUCUCUAGUAAGGCUGCAAAGUAACUGUCAAUUUUUAUAAGACACUCGUGAAUAUAAUUAAAAAAUAGGCUUACUUUAGAAAUGUCACAUCAACGAAGUGUGCUUGGUCCAAAUAAAAUGUUGUGAACCAUUCGAUCGUAGAAUUGAGAAAAAAAUCCAGAUUUAAGUUUUAAAGUUUAAUUAGCCCAAACAUGUAAAUGAUUGAGUCAGUAAUAAGUUGCUGCAGGUACACUCCUACACUACAUGAAAACCAUUCUUAUUUUUUUAUAACCACAAAGUUCUGAUAUCUUCUUGUCUUUAGGCUGCAGUCAGAACAACGACUCCAGCUUGAGGUUGAGAGGAAACAGGACCAAGAAGGGUUAGCAGCUCAGAUAGCAGAGACUCGCAGAGCAGCCGCUGAGGAGCGAUACAAGAAGCAGGAAGAGGCUGCAAAAGCAGAAUUGAUAAAAGAGCAGCAAAAAAUCAAGUUCUGGACUGACCAUCGGAAGCAGAAAGAAUUGCAAGAACUAAAACAGAUUCAAGAAAACCACCAGAAAGAGGAAAAUAGAAAGGUAACAAUGUUAAUUUGAGGUUUAGUGAGGGAGGAAAAAGUGAAAUAUUCCUCUGUCCAAAAAUAAGUAAAUAACUAUUUAAAAACUCAAUUUAAUAUUUUUGUUUAGGCUUUUCAAAUGAUUACAAUCUGUUAGAAAAUGGUAGUUUUUGCAGAGCCUUUUCUUCUAUAACUGUCACUGAGCUACAAGGGGGAGGAUUUACCAAUCUGGAGCCUCUCAUUCUGUGGGAUGUGAACCCUUGUUCGGCGUAGGAUGAGUAUAACUGCCCAGUAACGCAACUUUAAAGUACUAUGUCUGGGGAAAAAAAGAUCUUUCUUACUUCUACACAUGGUGUGUUCACCGUACAAAACUGACACAGCAAAGGAAGUAAAAAGUGCUCAUUUUGUUGUGUCUAAGACAAAUGCUGGCACAUGGCUUCAGUGGUUUUUUUUUACAAAUUACUGCUGUUAUCAGCCAGUUAUAUAACUGAAUAUGGAUGCAAUGAUUUUGCAAAGUUGAAAAGUUGUUAUAGUGCCUAGUUUCUCAACCCGUAUAAAAAAAUAAUAAUAUUAAUUUGUGAGUAUGUGUGAGAGAAUGUGUAUGUGUCUGUCAGUGUAUCUGGCAGUGAGUGUGUGUGUCUAUGUCCUCUGUGUGGACAAUUCAAAUAUUUUUCAUAAUAUUAAAUAAUUUUAAUUGUAUCCAAUAUAUUAAAUUGUUUAAAAAGCUUAUCCAACCAUAUUAAAUCAAGGACUAAAUAUGAAAUUGUACUUAAAACUCCUAUAGUCUAACACACCAUCCUUCUGGACAUAUCUAAUGCAUACUUGUUUACAUUUCUUAUGCAACUUCAUUUUCCAGGACACCUAACAGUAAUCAAAUAUUGGAUUCAAACUAGCAUAAGUAGGAAUGAGACAGAUGAAGGCCUGGGUAUAUCUUAGAGGGAAGCAUUACAUAAAACAGCGAUGGCUAAUCUUGGCAGCUCAGAUUGUUGGGGGCAAGGUUAAUUUAAUGUUUAUUCUCCUUUUUAUUAGAGGUAGAGAAGCACAUGUGUAUAGAAGGAUUUCAGAGUGAGAAGAGAACAUUCAAACCUUUGUAGGAAAGAGUAGAUUUGAGAAGACCAACAUAGAGGAACACAUGGACAAGAUUGUAAAUUUGCUGGUGGGAUAUGGGAGUGUUGAGGAAAGUCAAGGAGAAUUCCAUCCUGGCAUAAAUGAAGGAAUAGAUAGAGAGUAUUGUGUUUCUUUUGAAAUAGCAAUCAUGAUUAUCUUUAGAUAAUGAGAUGCUGCUUAUAUGGCAUCUCAAAUUGAGAAGUAUGAAAUAUAAAUAAGCCCAAUUUGCAAAUAGUAAACUAAAAGAGCUCUAUCAGUCCCUGGUUCAAAUGAAAUUCAAAGGAGGCCAAUCAAAUCCAAAUGAAACCUGCAAGAACAUUCUUUUUUGUUUUCUACAUUUUUUGUAUGUGUUCUACCAUCUUGAAUUCAUACAGCAGCUAUGUUGAAUAUGCCAUUAAAUAUUGGUUUUUUAAAACGGUUACUCCAACCAAAACAUUGUCCUAAAGUUUUUGGUUCUGGUAACCAUUGUUGGCAUGCUCCAUCCCCUUAAAAACAAACAAACAAAUAAUAAAGAAAUAAAGGAAAACUUACCUGUAAUCCUACACUGAGGGCAAGUUAUCCGUGAUACGAGUACUGACUAGAGACAGCAACACAGAGAAUUAACAUUAGCGAUCCCAUAAUAAGAGUUGAAACUCUGGCAGAAAUGUGUUUUAACAAUGCAUGUGCACAUUCAGAAUCCAAGCAUCUCUUCAAAUCCACUGAAUUGGUCAUGGUUCUUGGAGUAACCAUUUAACAGAGAGUAUGUAGGUAAUUUACAUAAUAAAAAUAUAUGUCAACUCAACACAUAGCAGAAAUAGAUAUAAAUGGUUACGCAAAGCAACAUCAUGUUUUAUAUUUGUAGGGGUUACAAUGCCAGAAGUUAGCACUCUUUUUAUCUUUCUCCUGAGCAUACACUGUAGAAGCUGUAAAACGUGGGCGGGUAUCAGUUUUACUUUUUCUUAAUUUUAUUAACACAUUAGCUAUAGAAUAUAUUAAAGAGGCACCAUAGUCUCCAGAACAACUACAGUUUAAAGGAUCACUAUAGUGCCAGGAAAACAAACUCAUUUUCCUGGCACUGUAGGGUUAUUAGGUCCCCCAAUCCCUAACCUUAAUCCAGUGCCUGGGGUCCCUCAGCACUGGUGACCUCUCCUCACCCUGCCGACUUCAGCUCCCUAGUGCGGCCAGAACAUCGCACACAUUCAAACCGCCCAUAGGAAAGCAUUACUCAAUGUUUUCCUAUGGGGAUAUGAACUCACGCCUCAUGAGUUCAAUGUGAUUUCCACACUGAGAAUUGCCUUUAGUGUCUGUAAGGGAGACAGCCACUAGAGGCUGGAUUAACUCUGAAACUGCUAUGUUUACAGCUACAGGGUUACAACUAGGGGGACCUGGCACCCAGGCCACUUCAUUGAGCUGAAGUGGUCUGGGUGCCUAUAGUGGUGCUUUAAUUUUUCUGGUGUCUAAAGCCUGUCCCUGCAGGUAUUUUAAUGUAAACACUGCUGAGGUGCUUUCUGGUAAAUUCUGCACAGUGGCCUACAUGGUUAUCCAGGAACACAUGUUUUAAGCAUAAACACUGAAGCUUCAUUUCUUGGCAUUUCCAUUGGGAGGAACAUCUCCAUUAGCUUUUGUAUUUUAAGAAACAAAUGCAUGUAGAAUAACAUAAUAUUGUGUUUAUAGGAGCUGCUACAGGACAGAAUGAUCAAUCAAGCAAGAAAAAAGGAUUCAGAUAUUCAACAGCAACACCAAAAUCAGCAGCUGAAGGAGAGUGCACGGCGCAGAGUUUCAAAACAGCUGGAGCAAUUUUACCGUGAGGUGGAACAGGAGUCCCAAAAGGACAAGGAGCUGCAGCACUACCUGAAGGAACGCAACCUACAAACUCUCCGAUCAGCAAAGGCCCUAUAG